AAAAUUCAGAUCUCUCGAACAACAUCAAUGGCUUUAGAAUGGGUAGUACUCAGCUACGCCGCGGGUGCAGAAGCAAUCAUGAUCCUUCUCUUAACACUUCCGGGUCUUGACCCGCUUCGUAAAGGUCUAAUCACCGUGACCCGAAAUCUCCUCAAACCAUUCCUUUCAAUCAUACCCUUUUGUCUCUUUUUAUUAAUGGAUAUCUACUGGAAAUACGAGACCCGACCCGUUUGUGAAUCAUCCGAAUCUUGUUCCCCAUCUGAAUACUUACGUCAUCAAAAAUCAAUUAUGAAAUCUCAACGCAACGCGCUUUUAAUCGCGUGUGCGGUAGUUUUUUACUGGCUGUUGUAUUCUGUUACUGGAUUAGUUGUUAAAGUUGAGAUGUUGAAUAAGCGCGUGGAGAAAUUGAAGGCUCAGUAAUUUGGAUCGGAUUUCGGGUCGGGUUUCGGAUUUUCCAAUCGGAUCGGAUACUUUUUGCUUCUAUUUAUAUGUAAUAAGACUUUUGAUAAUUGUAUUAGGUAGUGUUUAUGUUGAUUUGGUUUGUAAACUGAUGCAUUAUCCUGUUUUGUUGAAUGAACUGAAUGAUCCAUUUUGCUA